GCGAGCAACAUAUAAAAGGCCGAAGCAGAGCAAAAGUAGAGAGACGCAGCUAUUCAGGGUACCCGAGAGAAACAGGGGGAAAGAAACAUGGGACUGAGAGCUCUUCCAUUGCCAUCUUCACACGCCGCUGUGAGCUAUCUUCCGCAUGUUGCAGGAGGUGUGAGGGUUAGCAAUUAUAAGUUCAGGGUUUUGGCUCAAUCGGAGAAGGGGAAGAAGGAAGAGGGCGAGAAGAAGAAGCAGAGCAAGCAGUCUCUGUUCGGGAGUGUGACCGACGCUCUUGACUUUGCUCAAGUGAGGUCUGCGGAAGAUGCUGAGCUCCUCGAAGAUGCCAGAGGGGCCACUCGGUCCGGUGGCAGGAUGUCCAGGGAGCAGUAUGGGGCUCUCAGAAGGAAGAUUGGAGGGACAUACAAGGACUUCUUCAAAUCGUACGUCGAAGUGGAUGGGCAAUAUGUGGAAGAAGGAUGGGUGGACAAGACAUGCAGGAUAUGCAAGAAGGACACCAAGGGUGAGGCAAGGCAGGUGGACAAGCUUGGGAGAUACGCGCAUGUUGCUUGCCUAGAGAACUCCAAGUCAUCAGGCAACUUCUUCACCAGGCUCUUCUUCAGAUGACAGAACAGAACAUGGAAGCUGCUUCUUAAUCUCCUUCUCUAGUUGCAUGUCACACAUAGUUUGGUAGACCAAUUGGUACCCAAGUUUAUAUAAAUGUAUGUUCUGUUCAGGCAUUUCACCAACAUGGUUGCUCCUAUCAAGUCUUCCAAUUGCUGUGAGAGAUAGGCUGUUCCCUUUGAAUGGAUACAGGUUGUUUUGCUCUU